CCGCCGUGACGUCUCAGGGCGGGCUUCGUGCCCCUGCCAAGCCGUGUAUCCGCGGCGCGCGCAUGUGGUAGCUCGGUGGUCGCCGCCCCGCUGCGGCCGGAGCUGGAAGUGCGGCACCAUGAGCAGCGGCCCCGGCACCCCGGGGAAAGCUGCGGGAUCCCCGCUCCCCGCCGGCAGGAAACGGGACUCGGUGGGGCUGCCGGCCCACCCCAUUAUCAAGGACAUUGGAGAAAUUCAUUCCCGACUGCUGGAUCACAGGCCAGUUAUUCAAGGAGAAAUACGUUACUUUAUUAAAGAAUUUGAAGAAAAACGUGGCCUCCGAGAAGUGAGAGUUCUUGAAAACCUAAACACCAUGAUCUAUGAGACAAAUGACCAAACUCUCCCUAAAUGUGAGCAGGUGAUGCAUGGCGAUCUGAAUGAAGUGUUGAAGAGAUUGCAAGCAGCCAACCAUAGGAUCCUCACACUCCAGCAGAGGGAGCAGGAAGAAAGAAAGCUUCAGACUGACACACUAAUGGCUGGUGAAAAGCAGCGUCUAGCCCAUUGGGAAGUGUUCAUGAAAGACCAACACAACAAACGAGCAGAAGUGGAUGAAGAGCACAGAAAAGCUAUGGAGCGCCUUAAAGAACAAUAUGCUGAGAUGGAGAAGGACCUGGCUAAAUAUUCUUCUUUUUAAGACCUUUGUUGUUGUUGUUUGGUGUUUUUUUUUUGUGUGUGCCAGUACUCUCUUGCUUCAGACUUAUCAGAACAACACUGAGGUUCUUUCAGAAAGCCUAAUCAAAAUAGAAGUUAAAAAAAAAACAACCCACAUCCUGCUGUAACUAUAACAAAAGUUUGAUUUAGCAAGAAGAGUUUUGCAUACCUCCAACUUUAAGUGCCUCUAAAGCUUGUUUUGUUCAAGGUGAUUGGUGUUAUCACUAUUUUAGUUUGUAGGACAGGCAGGUCUAGAAAUGGAGUUCUGCCUUUAUACCUUGGCCACAUCAAUUUAGGGAGUUGCAGAUGAGAAUUCCUUGGCUUGUGAAGACAGCCUUGUCUGUGGGGAAGAAAACAAAAACUAAAUUAUCUCUGUAUAAGGCCACAGCCCUGCCGUAGAGAGCAGGCAUUAUAAAUGCAAGCCAUGCUGGGCUGAAUUUAGGAUGUACACACACUCAUUAACAGUUAUUUUGAGAAAACCAGCAUGUCUUGCAAAACAGUGGAUUCUGAAAGGCUAGAAUGCGUUACUCAGGUGCAGUUACAGCUGCACUGUUAUGAAGUCGAGUUGAGAUAUUGAUUGCUCUCUAAAAUAGGCACCACAAGAGUAGUUGUGAGGUCGCAGGAAACGAUGAUUUUUCUCUCUAUGUAACUGGUUCAUGGCAUUCUUGUAGCUUUACACUCCUGAGAAUACCUCCCCCACCCAAACCACCUAAAAGUAACUUUUAAAAGUAUAUCAGUCCUUCCAUUAGCCUUUUAUCAGGUACGGUAUUUACCUUAAGUAUUUGUCCUGCCAUUGGUGCACUCAGUAGGAUGAGCAGUGCCCACCUUAUUGGGACUUACCUAAAAUCUGUUGUGAUAACCUUAAUACAGUUGAGGAAUGAUCUUUGUUUUUGUCAGCAUGGCAAUCAAGUAAGUGGCAUUAAAAGUGAAGCAUCUGCAGUAUUAAUUUGUGUUCUGAUUUUACAGGAGUAUUUGAGCUCCUGUGAUCACCGUGGUCUUUUCUUUUUAUUUAAAAUCUUCAUGUAAUAGCAAUAUAAGUGAAUGACUAGCUUAAUUAUCCUUUUGUAAACCAAGUGAAAUUAAAUGCAAUAACAGAAUGAAACUUGAUGCAAGCUAACCUGAGGGAUUGGAAGAUCUUUCAAAUAUUAUUUUAAGUACUAUGCAAUAUAAAAUAAAAACAGGUAAAAACAAACAGAACUUGCUCAUUAUCUCUGUUGGAAUUGCACUAUGCAGACAAUGGUUGCCUGUGUAAAUUUAUGGCUUGGUGUCAAGGCUCCAUUCCUGGCAGCAUGUUGACAAUGUGAUUAAAGUUAGCAGAGGAGUUGGAAUAAGUAUUUGAGAUUUCAUUCAAUAACACUGAAUUCCUGCCAAACUGCUCUGUCUGCUACUGUAGGCCUGACAGCUUCGUCAAUCAUCAUCAGGUACCUGAACUGAAAAGAGCACUUGCUGUGACACUGGAGCAUGGUGGAAUGUUGUUAAUUCUGUUGUGGAUGGAAAAAACAUAGAUGGCUUCAAAGUAUUCCACAUAUAAAAAGUGAGGAGAACCUACCCUGUUGAAUGGAAGAUGAUUUCUGGAAUAUCUCUAAGCUUAUGUACCCAUUCAUGAAUGGAUGCUGUAACUAAGAGCCUGAUUUAUGUGCUUAAUCAGAAAAACAGAAGAUAAUGUUGCCUGUCUUUAAGGUCCAGAGUCUCAAUAGCAUUUGUUCAUUUUAAGGAUAAACUGAAAACACUCUGUCUUCCACGAGAGGUUUUAAGAAUGAAUGGCCUCAAAACCAAAAUAACUUUCUGAAAAAUGUACUUUAAAUCUCAUUUGGUACUGAGUGAGUUUGAUUUGUGUUUUUUUUCCUAUAAAAUACAGAAUAUCAGAUCCACUCAGUUUUGAACAAAAGUAAACCUACCUGCGUCUCUAUGUCCCACUUGAGGGCUGAUAAAAAUGAUAUAGAUGUUGCAAUGCUAGUGUAUGCUAAACAAUCUGCACAAGAGUAAGAAUUUUAAGCCUAGAACUGCACAUCGUUGGCCAAGAAAGCUCAAAAUAAAUUAAAUGAAUGAUACUAUCUAAGGUUAAUUCUUUUCAAAAGCCAGUGGUACUUUGUGUUUUUGAAAAUUCCCCCUCAAUGCUCAUUUUGGGAAUUUAUGCAUUUAGGAAAUAUUUUGAAGAAAAGUGCUUAAAGUUGAUCUUUAACAUACAAACAAACUUCGGUCUGCUUGUUGGCCCACUUCAUUGGGAGACUACAAGAAAAAUAUGUAUCACUAUUAAGUUAUUCAGUAGUCUUUAUUAAUUUUUAAAAAUAUAUAUUGUGCUGUAGCUCUUGAAAUAAAUUAACAGUACAUACAAUUUGACUUUAGAGUAGUUUAGCAAGGUGGAUGGAAAAAAUAAUGCUUGGUUCUAAAACUUGAAAGGAAAACUGGUGCUUAAUUAUAACUUUACAUACAUACAUACAUACAUACAAGAUGCACUUAUUUAGCUAUGAUUUUUUUUACCUGUCACUCUUUCAGUAUUUGUUUAGUGAAUGAGGCUGUGGUCUUAUCAGGAGACUAAUGAUACUUCAAAUCCUACACUAUCAUUUUCCAGUAGAGCCUCUGCUGAGAAGUAUCUGUUUUACCCAUUUGAAGAAGAAAUGGAUAUGAAGGGAUUUUCAAAGUUGGGUGGUAAGCUGCAUAAAAGCAAUUACAUGUUUAGCCUCACUUAAAAUGUUUAAAUUCUUAAUAAUUAAACUUUCCAAAAUCGCUUGAGUACUGAUACAACUCCUAUUAAAGUUGGUUAUAAAAAAAAAAUUCCAGUGGACUCUAAUGGGAGUUGGAUCAGGCCUUUGACUUUUGCUACAUUUGAAUGUUGAAGCUGAUGUUUGCAAUCCUGCUUUGUAUCAGACUAAGAUGGUAGCUUUCUGCUUGAUUGUAAACACUUUUUUAUAUUUAAUAGUCUGAGUCUAAACUAUAUUGAUUUAUUCUUUUAUGCAACUAGAAGUAGUGGGUAGACUAUCCUAUACUCACUCGAAUUUUCCUUAAAUUUUAAGAUGAGCUUUCUGUUUUGACACCUACACAACAAGAAAGCAAUAUUUCUACUUGAAGGAUGGUGGGGAAGAACUGCUUCUGCAGUGGUAAUAGCCUGCUUAAAAGUAUUACUUCGACCAAUGGUAGAAUAGUCAUGAUACUUUUUAUUUUUGUAAUAUUGAUCAACGCCUUGUUUAAAAAAAUAAAAUUUAAAAAUCCUC